UUGCUCCAAAGAUAAAGCCUCAUAUGAAGUACAAUGUGCGGUCUUUGAAGAACAGCGGCGGAGCUGCAGCGGUCCGGCGGCGCUGAGCACCAGAGGACGCACCUGAUCCUCCCCCGUCCUCCCGCACAAACUCUGGAACAGUCGGCGGAGCGCAGAGGGAAGCAUGAGCGCAGCGUGCCUAUAGAAGACGGAGCGAUAGACGGGGGGGAAAAAAUGGGAAUGGCGAGUGAGGAUCUGCUCGUGACUCUGCAGAUACUACCUGGUUUCUUUUCGAACUGUCUCUUCCUCGUCCUGUACGACUCCGUGCUGCUGGUGAAGCGCGUCGUUGCGCUGCUCAGCAGCUCCAGGUCCGGCGGCUCCGGAGAGUGGCGCCGCAUGUUGACCUCCGCGGGACUCCGCUCCAUCUGGAACAGUUUCCUCCUGGACGCAUACAAGCAGGUGAAACUUGGCUGCGAGGCCCCCGACUCCAAGGUGGUGAAGGUGCCAGAUGGCCCAUGGUGUAGCAGCAACAUCAGUAAUGUGACCAAUGUGCCAACUGGUGCCAGGAUGCGAAAUGGGGACGAGUGCCGCCUUCUGGAUUUUGGCUCAUCAGAUCGCCCUCUGGUAGUCAACUUUGGCUCAGCCACCUGACCCCCCUUCAUCAGUCACCUGCCAGCUUUUCGACAGUUGGUUGAGGACUUCAGCGAUGUGGCUGACUUCCUGUUGGUGUACAUUGACGAAGCUCACCCAUCUGAUGGCUGGGUGGCCCCCCCUAUGGGCUCCUCCUCUUUCAAUGUACGGAAGCACCAGAACUUGGAGGAGAGGCUUGGAGCAGCGCGCAAACUCACUGAGCACUUCUCACUGCCGCCACAGUGUCACCUGGUGGCAGACUGCAUGGACAAUAAUGCCAAUGUUGCUUACGGUGUGUCUAACGAACGAGUGUGCAUAGUGCAACAGAGAAAGAUUGCCUACUUGGGUGGUAAGGGGCCUUUUUUUUACAAUCUGAAGGAUGUGCAGAAAUGGCUGGAACAGAGCUAUGGUAAACGGUAGGUGUAACCAAGGACAAGUACAGAGGAGGAUAUUUCCCUUUUUUCAAUUGGGAAAUAAGAUGUCAUUUUGUUUUGUCCAAGCACAAAAAGGCUUGAAUUUGCCUUUUUUUAACUUUUGAAAUAAGGCCAACUUUUCCCACACCACUUUGUUCAAACUGAGAUGAACGUGUGAAAACUUGUGCCACGGUGCGUAUUGAUUGGAAGCCUAAGGAAAGGAUGCCUUAUCUGUAUUUAUGCCUGCUUUUGUUGCUUAAUCAUAUUUUACAUGAUUUCCACUGGAAGUAAAAACCAAAUAACUGAAGUAGGGAAGAAUUGAAAAGUUCCUAUUUUAUAUAAAUAUGCUUGUCAAAAGAAUAGGUUCUUAAUUAAUGGAUGUUUUUAAUAUUUGAAUAUCUUUUUCACUGUGGUCUAUGUUCUCAUGCACUAUUUCAACAUCUUAAUUGUAAGUCUAAUCUCUAAUCUUUAUCCUAACCUCCCUACUCUCUGGAUAAAUGUCAAUUCAAACAGUAUGACUUGUCCAUCUGACAGAUCUUUUCUUAUAGUGCAUAUAAAAGUGUUUGCCCCACAAAA